CUUAAAAUACGACAGAAAGUAAUAUAUUAAUCUAUCAAAUUGCUCAUAUCAAAAUGGAACUUUAAUUCAAUAGAAAUGGAAUAGAUCAGGCAAUCAAUCGAAACGUUUAAAACAUAAUCGCAUCAUUUGAAAAUGAUUUUAAUAAAAGAAUUCGCAAUCGCGUGGCGGUCACAUGAACUUUCUUCUUUCCCGUAUCCCGCUAGGAGCGGCCAGCAGCUAAGUUUUGACCAAAACAAAAAAAAAACGAAUGACGAUUUUCAAGGGUUAUAGAUUCCCUGGAUUUAUUCAGUACUGCAUAUCGAUUUAAAAAAUCAAUCAUUUGGGCUUGAUUAAUCUAUUUCAGAUCGCCUUCUCUACUCUUGUUUGCAGUUGCGGUUCCCGGUGUUCGGUUUUGUAUCAAAAUUGUUCAAAAAAUAUAAAUAACUACCUAUUAAUUUUAAGUUGUACGUGCGUGCACAGUAUUAUUUACAUAAUAUUUUAAGUACCAGAAACUGAUAUAAGUAUUUUAUCUGGUAUCGAACUAAUUAUUUACUUUUGGUAAGAUGUGCAGCACAUCAAGUAAAAGGAUAACAUACAAGCGUACUCGGCCAAAUCCACUGUUCCAGGAAUGGCUCGAAGAAUUACACGAUGAAGCCAAGGUAAAGAAAAGUAAAUUGGAACCAAUGCUCAAAGAAGCUUUAGAUUCUAUAUCAAAAUAUCCAUUGCCCUUACAAACUGGCGCCGAAUGUGCCAUUUUAAAAGGCUUUGAGAAAAAAUUGUGUUUGUUUCUGGAUAAACGGUUAGAAGUUUACAACCAUAACAAAAGUUUUAAUUCUGUGAGUGAAUCUGAAAAUCAAACCAAUAAUUUAAAUAGCAAGAAAAAUCACACACUUCGAGAAGCUGUAGUUACAGUCGAAAAUAUUGAUAACAUAAUCGUAGGACUGCCGAAAAAGUCAGCUUCCACAGCCAGUAAAUCUAGUAAUAACUCGGAUAAAACUUACAGACCAUCUUUUAGAUCUGGUGGUUAUGCUAUCCUUGUAGCUUUGUUAGGACAAUUUAGAGAUGAUCCCAAUCAAGGAUUAUCUAAAGAACAGUUAAUUGAAAAAGCACAACCAUACAGUGAAGAAUCAUUCCUUCGGCCGAAGCCUGAUACUUUUUACACAGCAUGGAACAGCAUCAGUAGGCUAAUAACUAAAGGUUUGGUUCAGAAAAGUAGGAAUAAUAAAACAAUAAAAUAUAUGCUCACUGAAACAGGAGUAACAUUGGCAAUUGAUCUUGAAACAGCAUCUGUCGGUUUACCUACAACCAAUGAUAUAAUUUUCAAUAGCAAUGCUGAUAGUACUGAAAUACCAAAUUCACAAAGCAGCACAAUUAACUUGGAUAAUGCUAAUUCUAGCGGGAGCCAAAUUGAACUGAAAGCUGGAACUUUUGAUAUCAUAUUAUUAAUUGAUAAAAAUGAAACAAGUGGGGUGACUAAGACUGAUCCAACAGUAGCUCAAUUCAAUAAAUACCCAGCACUUAAACAUGAAUACCGGAGCUUAAAAGUUGGUGAUUUCACCUGGGUUGCUCAAGACAAACAGAAUAAGGACAUAGAACUAGUCAUUCCUUAUGUGAUAGAAAGAAAACGAAUGGAUGAUCUUGGACAUAGUAUUAGAGAUGGAAGAUUCCACGAACAGAAGUUUAGAUUAAGAAAAUGUGGGCUGAAUAAUGUUAUUUACUUGGUGGAGAACUAUGGAAAGAAUAAACAUGUGGGGCUGCCGAUACAGUCUUUGAUGCAGGCCCUGGCAAAUACAAGGGUACAAGAUGGAUUUAAUGUGCAUAUCACAAAUUCUUUGAGUGAAACUGUUAGAUUUUUGGCUAUGUUGAGUAAAAGACUGACUAUAGAAUAUACGGACAAAAAUCUCAAAGGUUGCGAUGGAGAACCAUAUGCUGAAACACUGAUGACAUUCAAAUAUUUCAGUGCGACUUCUAAGAAAUCGAAGCCACUUACUGUCACGGAAACGUUCAUUAAGUUGCUUCUGCAAUUAAAAGGAGUAUCUGUUGAUAAAGCUCUAGCUAUUACUAAGGUGUUUAGUACUCCCAGGCUGCUCAUUGAAAAAUACAAGGAGUGUGAUCAAAGAGAAGGCGAAUUCUUGCUUGCGAAUUUGAAGUAUGGGGAAUCAAACCGAAGUGUUGGUCCUGUUGUGAGCAAAACACUUUACCAAUUGUUCACUAAGUCAUUUUAAGUGUAUGUUACGUUAGUACGUCGUAACAUACAAAUGCCAUAUUACUAACAUAAUAUAAAGUUUUCUAUGUGGAUUUACUGUCUCAUAUGGAUUUUGAUUGAAUGAAAAAUGGGGUAAUGUUUAUCUAUUCACUGUUGUUAUGAUCGAUUGAAAUAUGCUGGCCAAACAUAUUUUUAUAUUAAUAUAUUCAAAGUUCGACAAAGCAAUACAUACUGUUAUCUAUAUCUUUAAGUUUGUUUUUUAUUAUUCCUAAAUCCUGAUGCAACUGAUUUUG